GCAAGCGGUUCUGUUUCCCGGGUCGCAUUCAGUCACCUGCGUCGUUCCGUCGAGCCAGUAGUGUAACACCGGUGCGUCCCGUGUUUCGUGUUCGCUGUUUGUCGGUGGCCGGCCCGGUCUGCUUUUUGUGCAUUUCAUGUUCGUGGCCCCGCGCUACGAUCGCACUCUCACUGUGCGUGCGCGCGCACUUCUUUGCCCAGGAGUCGCAAAGGGAGUCGUUUCGUUUGCCGGCCGGCAUUUGCGGUGUUCUCGGUGUCGAACAAAGGUGCAGUCGGGAAGCGAAUCACAUCGAAAGGAUUAAGUGCGUGUCGUGUACGGGAAGAAGUGGUGUUUCGUGUGGCAAGCUUGUUGUACCGCUAAUAAUUAAAACCAUCUGCAGUGAAAUUGUGUUCUAGUCCUUCAUUGUCUAGCGUUCGGUGGUCCCCCAGUCCAGAAGUGUACCUCCUGAACGAAAGUAAGCAAAACGAAGGAAGUGGUGCUAAGAGAGAAGCGUGUGUGUUGCAAUUGGUCAAAGAAAGACUAAAUCGGCAGAGCGAUAGAAUAAACAAAGCAGUAGAGAACUACACAUUUUUGUCAAGCGUGGAAAAAUGGACGAUUUCUCGCUGGCAUUCGAGGACAAUCGGCAGGCGCUGUCCGUGGCGACGACGGCCACCACGCUGGCACAGCUGACGUCACACUUCGACGAUCUGCACCUCGGCAAUGGCGACGCGACGACGGCCAGCCUGCUGAACGGACUCGUCGGCGGAGGACUCCACGGUCACCACACACUGGCAUCGCUAGCCGCCGUUGACAGUGGGCUCGGCGGAGGUGGAGGCGUCGGUGGGGGCCUGCUAGAUCGGGCGCACCUGAGCGUUAGCAAUGGGGGGCCGCAGAGCAACGUGCUCGACACGUUUGUUGCUAUGGUGAACGGGCUGACGGGCGGCGUCGGCAGCAACGGGACCGGAAACGGUGGCGGUGGGGGCGGCAGCACCGGACCGAACAACGCCGUGCCGGUGACGCUCAACGGUGGCAGCAAGCUCGAGGAGCGCCCGGUGAAGUACAAGUCGCACACGGAGUGCGUACCGGUGCCGUCGUCGGAGCACGUGGCGGAAAUCGUUGGCCGGCAGGGGUGCAAGAUAAAGGCGCUGCGCGCCAAAACCAACACGUUCAUCAAGACGCCGAUCCGGGGUGAGGAGCCGAUCUUCGUCAUCACCGGCACGAAGGAGGACGUGACGCGGGCAAAGCAGGAGAUCCUGUCGGCGGCGGACCACUUCAGCACGCUGCGCUCGUCGAAGAAGCAGGCGAUCGCGCUGCUGGCGGAAAGCCGCAACAUGCUCGGCUACAGCAUGCCGGACGAGAUCACCAUCCAGAUCCGGGUGCCGCAGAAGGUGGUGGGGCUGGUGGUAGGGCCGAAGGGGGCCACCAUCAAGAACAUUCAGCUCAAGACGAACACGUACAUCAUCACGCCGAAGCGCAAUCAGGAGUCGGUGUUCGAGAUUACCGGCCUGCCGACGAACGUGCACACCGCCCGUCAGCUGAUCGAGGAGCACAUUGCAACGCGGGCGGGCGCCACCUCAGCCGGCGGUGGAGUUACUAGUGGUGGUGGUAGUGGUGGAGGUGGCGGCGGUGGAGGUGGCGGUACUGGAGGCAGCAGUACCGGAAGCGGUGGAAGUGGAGGAAGCAGCAGUAGCAGCAGCAGCAGCAGUACCACCAGCUCAAGCGGCUCUUCGUCGUCCUCUUCCGGGCACGGUGGAGGAGGAGGAGGGCUCGCUAGUUCCGGUUCCAGCGUCGCCAGCAGUGGCAACGGGCCGAGCCAUCUCGGGUGUCUUGCCGGCAGCCUCAAUAGUGGCAGCGCGAGCUCUCUCAUCGGAGGCCUCCUUGGAGGUGGUGGUGGGGGUGGCGGCGGAGCGGGAGGUGGCCUGCUCCUAGCGAACGGGAACCACCAUCAUCAGCACCACCAUCACCAUAUGCAACAGGAACAACAGCAACAGCAGCAGCAUUACCAUCACCAUCAUCAUCCGGGCUCCGUGAAUCUGAACGGGGCGGGUCUGUCGAGUGCCUUAAGCGCAGCUGGCGGCGGUGGUCUCGUCGGCGAGACCGACUUCGACGGCAACCAGUUCAUCAUCGAGAACCUGCUGGAGUACUUCAACAACAUGUCCGGCUCGUCCGCGUUCCACUCGCCGACGACGGCGACGGCGGUGGCGGCGGCCGCAGCGGCGGCCACCGGGGCGGACCACAUUCCGGACUUCCGCAGCAUCUGGGAGAACCUGAGCGAGAGCCAGACGUCCGGCGCUACCACCGACACGGACAACUCGUCCCUCGUCUGGACGCUACCCUCGUCGUCGCGCAAUUCCGUCUCCUACAGUCCGGACGAUUUCAUCUUCCAGCGAUAAGAGCAGUGCUUGACAGAGUUCGUUAGCGGUAAACAAAGUGUGGUGAAACGAGGAGGAGAAGAAAGAUACACUAUGCACUAGCAUGAGGCGUAGAAAUAUUGAUGCAUCAGCUCGAGCAAGAAUAAUAUUUUAUCAAGCUCGUGUUAGCGAGUAAGAGAGUUUCCCGUGUAUAGGAUAGGAAAGGAGCAAGGAGUUGUUGAGUUGAUAACAUUUAUGUUUUCUUUUUAUUGUUUUUUUUUUAUUAUGGCUCUCAAUUUAUUUUAUUUAUUUACAAUGUUUGGUCUCGAAAAAAAAAAGUGUGCUGUUCAUUUAUAUAACCCCAGCUGGGUGGAAUACUACUACUUUUGGGCGACACGGCCGAUCAUUUGGCGAUACGUAAAAUUAUCGUUUUUUUUUGUCCAAAUAAUAGUAAUGUAUCUGCACCUAAAUAUAUUAUGUAGCAAUUUAUGUUUUAACUAGGGCCAGAGAAGAGAUGCGUGAUACUCGAUCUCGUACGAACGGGGGAACGUCGUGCGUAUCACCCUACCAGUGUACAGUGGUUAUGUUCGUUUAGGUUUAUGCUUUUACCCAGCUUCAAUUUUUUAAAAGAGAGAUGUUUUUCUUUUACCAAAAACAAAAACAUUAAAAUAAUAGAUACAAACGUA